AUGGGCAUCGCCUCCAUGGAUAUUGCCAGCGACGUGGAGGGGCUGGAGUCUGCCAAGCAGAAUCUCCAGAUUGUCCAGAAGAGGCUCAUGGUACGCGAGGCUUUCGUCUACGAGAGCUUCGCCAGCCGCCGCCUCAAGGAGAUCCUCAAGGUGCCGCUGCCAGCCGGGCCGCGAUGGGCCUGGAUGCUACAGGGCAUCGAGACAGCAGAGGACACGCUUCCAAAGCAACCUGGCGGAAGGGUCGCUAGUGGCUCUGGACAAGCUGCACUUCAGGUGCCGUGGUCUGUGGAAGCAUGUUUGGGGCUGACUUUGGUGCUCGACUGCCAUGACUAUCCCCACCAAGGUUGGCUCCUAAAGCUGGAACUUGCCCGGGCACUGUUGAGGCCAUGA